AGUUGACGAGGGCACGAGUUGAUCUGACCUCCGGUGAGAACAGUUACGUCCCCUUUGGCCAACAGCUUUAACGUUCUUCAAAUUCAAAAGAUUUUCGGUCUUAAUUUGUCCUGUUUUGGAAAAGAAUGGCAACUUCAAGUACUGAUGUGAAUGAAUCUUCAGACAUCGUUCACGAGUUUCCAUGUAAACCUUGUUCUGAUGAUGGCAAAAACAUCGAGGGUGUGAAUUUCUGUGCAGAGUGCCAGACUUACUUCUGUCAUGCAUGUGUGCAGUUCCACAACAAAUGCUUCAAGACUCACACAAUCUUUAAUAAAUCUGGAGUGAAAUCAGGCAAGCUCCAGUUUGAGCAGACUCAAAGCGGUAUAGCGUGUGAUAAACAUGCAGAAUACCCAAUUCAAAUGUACUGUAGAGAACAUGAUACUGUCUGUUGUGCUGUUUGUAUAGCUGUUGAUCACAGGUUGUGCAAGAGUGCUGACUUCAUCCCAAAGCUGGCAAAGGAAAUCUUGAAUGGACGGGACAGAAAUGAUGCAAAGGCAUCGCUAGAAGGGAUUCGGAAACAGCUGAACUCCAUGAAGGCUAAAAAAUUACAGCAGAUUAAAGAUGUGGGUGAAGAAAAAGAUGAAAACCUGAAAGAAAUUGUCAAGAUGAAGGAACAGAUCAUUGCCAGAAUGGAAGAGAUGGAACGAAAUUCUGUCCAACAAGUCCAGAAGAAACAUGACAAAAUCGUUAGAGCUAUAAAGACUGACAUAAACUCUAUUGAUGUGAAACUGAAUGCUGUUCAGAGCAAUAUUGAAAAGGUCAAUGCAUUUAAGGGAGACAAUGAAGUUAAACUGUUUGUAGUUCUGAAUAAAGCACAUGAGGUAGAAGUAAGUAGUAGUAGUUUCAUUGAUGAGAAUGGUAAAGGGGAGUAUGACAAAAUUGAUUUUGUAGUCAAUCAAGAUAUUGCUUCCUUUGUAGGUAAGAUAGAUGCUUUUGGUAAUGUCAGAGGUGAUAGAGAUAGGGAAAUAGGCCAUACAGUAGCCACUUGUUCUCAGAUACUAGUCCAUGCACCUGAAGCAUCACUUGUUAAGCAAAUUUCUGUGAAAGGAAGUGACAGUUGUAUAUUAGAUAAUGACCAGAUUAUUAUUCUUGUAAAUGAAGGUCUCAUUAGACUUGAUAAAACUUAUAAAUUAAUAGAUGAAUGUAAUUUGAGUGGGGCCUGUUUAUGCCAGGUCGGACCAACUGAGUUGGCUGUUUUGCAUGGUCAACAAAUUGCAAUUAUUGAUGUUGGAAAAUCAUUAGUAAUCAGUCGGUCUUUAACUAUGUUUAGUGAUAAAGAUGAUAUGAAGAAGCGGUACCCAGUAAAUCCACCAUGGAAAUUUCAUAAUGUACAAUUGUUUUGGUUUAUCAGUUUCAAAAAGAAAAAACUAUUUGUGUGUGAUAAAGUAACUAUGGUUGUAUGGGAGAGUAAUCUUCGCAGAACCUUUAACAUACAAGUUAGGUGUUUUCAGUUUUUAUGA